AUGUCAUUCUCACCUCAUUUCUCCUCAGGCUCUUCUCCAUUCGACAGUGACCUAGCAACACUUUCAAACUACCUCGAAGUGGUCACUCGACACAUCAAGAUCGAUUGGGAGAUCGAUUGGGAUGCGAAGACGUUUGGUGGUUAUGCCGAACUCAAUCUGGAAAGUAGAGUAGAAGGGUUACAGGAAGUGAGGCUGGAUAGUAGUUUCUUGGAUGUGAAGGGUGUUGAGGUGGAUGGUAAAGCUGUGGAAUACUCUCUAGAUUCGAGAAUCGAAGUGAUGGGAGAAGCGUUGAGAAUCAAAUUGCCCAAAUCAUUAAACAAGGGAGAAUCCUUCGCCAUCAAGAUAACCUACUCUACCACCCCGCAGUGUACAGCUGUAGGAUGGCUCGAACCUGCCCAAACCAAAUCUGGAAAACAUCCUUAUCUGUAUUCUCAAGCUCAGGCGAUUCACGCCAGGUCGAUGUUACCUUGUCAAGAUACGCCGGCCGUCAAGGCUAGCUACGAGGCGAAAGUGCGCUCGGGUAGAGGGUUGGAAGUGCUCUUGAGUGGACAGAGGAAAGGCGUGAAAGAGCUCGCAGAGAGGGGUGAGGGAUGGAGGGAGUUUGCUUAUGAGCAGCCCGUCGGCAUCCCCUCUUAUCUCAUUGCCAUUGCUGCUGGUGAACUCACGCACAAACCUUUCGAGAAUUUGCAAGGCAGGAACUGGUCACCUGGAUGCUGGACUGAGCCCUUGAACAUGGACAAGGCAUUCUGGGAGUUCCACAAAGACACUGCGAACUUCGUCAAGACCGCCGAAGAUCUCACUUCAUCGUACAAGUUCGGCGUAUAUGAUAUCCUGUUCUUACCUGAAUCAUUCCCUUACGGAGGUAUGGAAAAUUCAUGUUUGACUUUCGCUACUCCCACGAUCAUCGCUGGUGAUCGAAGUCAAGUUGAUGUGGUGGCUCAUGAGAUCAGUCACUCCUGGUUCGGUAAUGGUAUCGGAUGUGCUUCUUGGUCGCAUUUCUGGCUUAAUGAGGGCUGGACCACAUACCUUGAGCGAUUGAUCAUGAGAGAGACUCAUGGCGAACUGGAAAGACAAUUGUCAUACACUGUCGGUCGACGAGGUCUUGUUGGUGACCUAGAGAGACUCAACCCGAGAUUCCAGAAAUUGGUAAUCGAGUAUAAGGAACACGAGGACCCCGAUGAGGGAUACAGUCAGGUACCGUACGAGAAGGGAGCAAACUUCCUUCUUUAUCUCGAAAGAACCCUGGGUGGGCUUGAGAACUUCAUCCCGUAUAUGAAAGACUACGUGAGAACGUUCGAGGGAACGUCAAUCACCACUGAUCAAUGGCGAGAACACCUGUUCCACUAUUUCAAACAACACCAAGAUGCCGAGGAAUUGACUAGGAGAUUAGGGAAAGUUGACUGGGAUGAGUGGCUCCAUGGUUCUGGUCCUGAUCUCUGCGUCAACAUCCAAUAUGACGACACACUUUCCAAAGCUUGUUAUGACCUUGCUGCUAAAUGGGACAAAGCUCGUGAUGGAGAUGUAUCAAGCUUUACUAAAGAUGAUAUCAAGGAUUUCUCGUCCACUCAAACUGUCGUCUUCCUCGAUAAAUUGGAAACAUAUGAGACCCUUCCACCUAAAGUCGUAACAUCCCUCGACAAGUUAUACGGGUUAGGCUCCACUGGAAAUGCCGAGAUCGGAUUAAGGUUCUUUGAGGUCGCCUUGAAGAGUGGCCCAGAAUAUGCUGAAUCUGCUGCCGCAUGGGUAAUCAACAAAGGAAGGAUGAAGUUCUGUAGACCGGUAUUUAGGCUUCUGAACGAACAGAAACCUGAAUUGGCAAAAGAGACUUUCUUGAAACAUGCUAAUUUCUAUCACCCCAUCGCUAGAAAGAUGAUUGCGAAGGAUUUAGGAGUUAAAGUAGAAUAA